CUGUGCCUUUUAUAAUGAGCAUUGCUAUCCAGAUUUCAAAAUUACCAAUGAAUGCAAAACUUAAUUCCCAACUGCGCGCAAAAAUAUUUAGUGUAAUGGUAUUGGGAAAUACAUUUUUGAAAAUAAUCUAACUGCCUAUUAUAAAUGGGUGUUAUAAAUAUAACUCAGUUGUAUUUUAAAUCAGGUAAGGAACCAUUUCCCAUAUGCAUUGUUUGUAGGAGUCUAGGAAUUUAUCCGAUAAAUUCCAACAUGAAAUUUAAUGUUUAUUAUUAGUCUAAAACUAAAAUUGUUUAUGGCUUAACUCUCGCCAGUUAUUUCAAUCCCAAAUUCAGCAAUUGGACGUUUCCCGCUCAAUCCCAAAAGUAUGCAAUCCCAAGAAAUGUCAAACCUGGGAAAGUUAAAACUGCUCAUUCUAAUAUAGACUUUUCAAAAUUGUUUAUCUACAUUUUAGAGACUGUUAAAAUGCAAAACUAAUGUAUAACCGAGCAACCUCAUUAAAAUGUUAGUGUAAUGAAAGUCUCCUAUCCUUUCUUAAAUAUACGGUUCGUAAUGAUUGAUACAUCCUUCAUUAAUUAUUACCCUAAGGCUAAUUUAUACGUAUCACAUUAAAAAUAAUUUUAGCGCCAUGAAAUUAGUUCGCUUAUUGACCGUUAUAUAUUAUAUUAUUAAGUGAAUGGUUCUUUUACUCUUGAUUUUCACGUCGAACUCUGUAGACGGACAUAUGAACUAGACCGGAUUCUGAGCAUCGCCACUACGUUGUCUAUAAAUACGAAAUACGAGAUUCCGAGCCCGGGUAGAUCACACAGACCAGCCAAAGCCAGACGUUAAUGGCCAGUCAUUUGUUCCGUUGCACGUUUGGCUGCCCGCGGCACCGAUAAGAGUCGAUUGAUCUGUCUGUGGCUGAUAAGCUAGAUCGGCUUUGCCAAACCCCAGGGCAGAGUCGCCUGUUCAAUGGUAGGUCAGCCACACCUGCUCCCGAUCAAGGUCAGCGCUAUCCCGGUGGGGUCUUGCCGGCGAGAGGGGCAUCUGUGGAGGCAGUGAAGCAGUCCCCAUCCCUCGGGGCAAUCUGCGUUAUGACCAUUUUAUAUGCCAGGAUCAGAGGUCCGCCGUUAUCACUGCUAUUCCCAGUGUUGGUAGCAUCUGCUCCCGCUGCUUUGGUGAUAACCUUUCUGCUAUUUCAUUUUAUAAACUUUGUUUUCAUUCCAUUUUGAUUCAAAUGAAACAAGAGAAGCAAAUGGGAGGCGGAGGCGGAGGCGGAGGCUGGUGAUAAGUGAUUGCACGGCCAUUGCCGAAAGCGUUUAGAAUUGGACUCAAACGGAUCGCGUGUUUUCCCCCGAUCGGACGCGAAUCACUCCCGUUUUUGGUUUCAGUCAAAACCGUCCCUAGUAAAUAAUGAAGCCAGUUCAGUGGGUGAAAAUCUUGCUCUGCCUGAUCCUCGCAGGCCUCAGUGUAUUCCUCUUCGUGGUGUCUUGUGGGGUGGACUAUCGCAUCUUGGUUGCUAGGGAGCAUAUACGCUUCCGCCAGGAGAUGCCCACCAUGGACAGCUGGAUAAACUCGCCGUUCGGGAAGCUGAAGAGCUAUGUCUUCAACGUGACCAAUGCCGAGGAGUUCCGCAGCGGUCGUGAUAAUAGGCUUAAGGUAAAGGAGAUCGGCCCCAUCGUGUACAGGAUCGUCGGGUUCAACGACAUCCUAGAUCGCAACGAGACGAACGUUAAGUAUCGCAAGCACCGCUACCGCGUAGUGGAGUUCCUCCCGGAGGAGAGUGUGGCUCCCGACGUCCUUAACUGGACCAUUACGUCCACAAACAAUGUUAUCCUGGGCGCAGCGACGAAGGUCAAGCAUACGGCGCCACUGGCAGCCUUCGGGUUUGAUGCCGCGCUCAUGAUGGAGGAUAUAUUUGUUACAGACAGCAUUUACUACUUCCUGUGGGAGUUCACGCGUCCCCUGCUGCAAACGCUCUCCCGAAUCUCCAACAUAAGACCCAACGUUGCUGUUCUCUUUAACGCUCUCAAGGAGAAGGAAGAGGUUUACACGGUCAACAUCGGCCCUGAGCGCGGCAUUGAGAACUUCUUUCGCAUCGAGACGCUUAACGACGAGGUGAUCAUCCGGGAACAGCUUCCGCACACCCGUCGGUACGACUCCAACUCCUGCCCCUUUAACGUGUCCGGAGCGCUGGACAACUCUCUCUUUCCGCCCUUUGUCCAGCCGGAUACGCCGCUAGACAUCGUGGCUAUCGAGUCCUGCCGGGUCCUUCCGCUGACGUACCAGCGCCAGGAGCGCUACAGUGGCCUCGACACCUUCCGCUACACGCUGCUUCAACCUUACCAGAAGCCCCCCGGUUGCCUGGACACGAGCUACGGGGUCAAGCUACCUGACGGAAUGUUUGACGUAUCCCAGUGUGUGAUAAAUGACGCCCCCUCUGCGUUUUCGAUGCCACACUUCUACGGAAGCAGCUACAACUGGAGCCAGCACUACGAAGGAUACACACCCAAUGCCGAGGAUCACGAGGCAUACAUUUUGCUGGAGCCGGUCACCGGCAUUCCGGUUACGGAGAAAUACCGAUUCCAGUCUAACAUUCCCAUUCCGGAUCUCAGGCGGUUUAGCUCACGCCUAACACGGUUUAGCAACAUGAUGAUUCCUAGCUUUUGGUAUGAGUUCGAAAUGGGACAGCUGCCCGGAUUCGUGAUCGCCCUGAUGUGGAUCAACGUCAACAUUGUGCCACACAUGCAGCCGUACUGCAUGGUGCUUUUCCUGGUGCUGGCCUUGUGGAGUGCCCUAAAGGCGAUUCGAGUGGCCUGCGGCGACCUCGGCUAUGCGGGUCUCUGCCGGAAGUUCUGUGGCGACGUGGUCACCGCGCUAGAGACCAAGUUUCAGGCCACUAACGACUCCCUUGACGUGGCUGUCAAGUAGGGAUCUACUUCCUAGACUGGACCCGUGUAUAUAUGUGUGCAAUAUUUAGAUUUAGGGUAGAGGUGUCGCUGCUGAUGAACUAUCAGUAGUCCGCCGUUACGUAAUAUACGAUUUAGUGGAAAA